UUCAACUUCAGCGUUUGUUUGGUUUCCCCGCCAACCCCCCGCACCAACCCCCCCCCCCCAAAAAAAAAAUGGCGAGAGAAAGCGCAAUGAAGUUGUCGAAAAACCUGCUGAAAAUGAAGUUUAUGCAGAGGAGUUUGGAUACAGAAACUAAGAAGCAGUUGGAAGAAGAAGAAAAGAAGAUAAUUAGUGAUGAGCACUGGUAUUUGGAUUUACCAGAAUUGAAAGAAAAAGAGAGUCACAUUAUUGAAGAAAAGAGCUUUGUGCCAUGUGAAGACAUGCUGUUUGGCCGAAUGUCCUUUAAAGGUUUUAAUCCAGAGAUAGAGAAACUAGUUGCACAGAUGUAUUCCCAGAAUGAAAAUGAAGAGCCUGACGAAGACGUUAAGAUGGAGGUAGAUGUUUCAGAUGUAGAAAUGGCUAGGAGAUAUGAAAGCUUAGUGGGAACCAUAAAAAGGAAGUUUACCAAAAAGAGAGACCGAUCAGCUCUUCAAAGUGAAGAAACAGAAGCUAGCACCAGGGGUAGUAAAGUCAAGAAGACAUUCAUUAAGCCUCAGGAAUAAAUAACACAAGCGUGUCUUUAAAUAUUUUCCUAUGUAAGGCAAUGAACUUACUGUCUGAAACACUGCAGCAGCUGGCUGUUUAUUGUAAUUAUGGAAAUAUAAAUUUUGUUUGCAUACUAAAAUUAGAAGUAUUACAACUUGCUGCAAUGAAAAUAUUUUGUGACGGUAAACAGGUUCUGCUAUUUCCUUGUAUUGAAAGGAUAGUGAUCAUUCUCAAAUACAUUUCAACAACAUGCCAUAUAUGUACAAGUGAAAAUCAGUUGAAUGAUACGCAAAGAUGACUUGAAAAGAAAGUUCUCCUGGGACAGAAUCAUAUUAAGUAUAUAGUGGCGCAAACUUAAUAUAUUUAUAUUUUACAGCUCUAAAAACAAAUGUAGUAGGGAUCUUUUAUUAAUAACAUCUCUGUAACAUCUUAAUGUGCUAAAAGUAUAAUUCUUGUCUUUAUGGUGGAGCAGAGUAUCUUUUGCUGCUCUCUCAUAGAGAUCCUCUUUUUCCUGUGUGCAUUAAGAAACAUAAAAGCAUGUCAGUGAUUUGAAUAUGAUAAUGAGAAUUUUAUGCACUGACUGGAUUGUUCCAAAUGUUCCUGAGGUUUGAUUUAUACACUUUGUGUUAGUCAGUCUGUUAUUCUGUACCAGGGGAGAGCUUGUGAUUUUCCUCUGAGCACAUUGUCCCACUGAGACAAUUUUUUUGCCAGAUUCAGUUAUUUGUUCAUGGCAAAUCUGUGAGGAUAAGCUGCUUUGUAACAGUGGUUGCAUUACAUCAUGUAACACAAAAUACAAUGGAACAAAGAAUUCAAUACCAGAUUGACUUAAGUUUGAUUUGGAAAUUAAAGGAAAUCUGAUUUUAUUUUUAAAAUCCUGAAUAUUUGAACAUCUCUAGAGAAAAACUGGACAUUUAUAGUGGAUUUCACUGAUUGGGAAUAUAUAUUUAGAAGAGCUAUUGCACCAACAGAAAAUAAAAAUAGAGCCGAAAUUA